CGGAGAGGAGGAAAGGAGAGGAAGGAGCGGAGCGGAGCGGGACGGGCAGCGCGGGCGAGCCGAGCCCGGCGGUGCUCAGGGCGGACGCUGCCGGAGCCGGGCGAGAGCGGCACGGAGGGGACACAGGAUUCCCAGCUGAGUGACUCCCAUUCUGUGUUGGAUGGCAUGAACAGCAAUGACUGAGAGAGGGACCCUGAUGGCUGGGAGAAGGCUGGCCUGGUGAUUAUCUCCCUGGAGAAGCUCGGUGUUCCUCCUUGUAGCCCUCAUAGCACACUUCAAAGCCAUUCACAACAUUCAGGAUCUCUUCCAAGCAGGGUUGGGCUGGCAUAAUGUGACAUUCUGGUGGUCAUGGGUGGAAGUGAGAUCUGAUGGAAAUCUGCCUUAGUAUGUUUCCUUCAGGUUUGUGAAGAACUUGAGGAAAUCCAGUCCUGGGGAAUACAAGGAAAACCAUGGAAAGCCUGUAGCUUGCAUACUGUGCUGUAAUGUGUGCCAGUGCUUUGGGGUCUGGUACCCAACACCUGAUUCCAGCUUUUGAAGACUAAUUGUUGAAGGGAAAACCUGAAUAAUCUGGAGAAAUAAAUGAAUAUGGAGAUCUGUACUUGAAGAAGUCUUGCUUUGCAAAUCUGGCAGAAAUUACGUUUAGAGACGGAAUCCAGAAGUAUUGUUUUAUAUGUUAGGUACUCUUCUAAUCAAGUGUCCCUUGUAAAUACCAAAACCAUGACACUAAACUAUUAGAGGGAAAAGGAAAAUACUCUUGAGGGUAGCUUUUUCUCAAGCAAAGGGGCAUCAACUGCAUGCUCAGAUGUUUCUUUUCCAUCUCUGACCCUUCGGUAUUGAUUUAUGCAACUUUGCAGAAGAGUUAGUCAGGAAGGAGGUGUGAAAAAAAGAUAAUAAAGAAUUAUUUUGCUUUCUUUAAGAUGAAAAUCACCUAAAUUCCCAUCACUUAUAGUACUGUUUUCAUUGCCAUACACCAGACUCAUUUCUGGAUGACAUUUUGCUUUAACAAUGAUGUAACCGAUGUGAUGAAAAAUCUUGCAUAGGAAGGUACCUCAUCUACUGUGUCAGAUGAAGUUUUCAACAAGUUAAUAAUUCUUCAGUGUUGGACCAAAGUAUGAAAAAUUCUAUUUUAUCAAAAGAAAGUGAGUAUCUUUCUUCAUCAUCUCAGAAAGAUUACACCGGAAGGUGAAAUCGGAGCAGAGGAUGACCGAGUACAACCAUUCAGCACAGUUCUCUCUCCAGAGCUCAGCAAAUAAAUCAUUAAAUGUCACUGAAACACCGCUGUCUUGGGAUGAAAGGACACUCCUAGGACUGAAGAUUUCACUGUCAAUCUUUCUGUCUGUCAUAACUCUGGCAACAAUCCUUGCAAAUGUUUUUGUUGUUAUCACAAUUUUUCUGACUAGAAAGCUCCACACACCUGCAAAUUACCUCAUUGGCUCCUUGGCAGUGACCGAUCUUUUAGUGUCUGUCCUCGUGAUGCCAGUCAGCAUUGCCUACACUGUCACCCACUCGUGGGCCUUUGGCCAGCUGCUGUGUGACAUCUGGUUGUCAUCAGACAUCACAUGCUGCACAGCCUCCAUCCUCCACCUCUGUGUCAUUGCACUGGACAGAUACUGGGCUAUCACAGACGCUUUGGAAUACACCAAACGCCGCACUGCUGGCCGAGCAGCCCUCAUGAUUGCCGUGGUCUGGAUGAUAUCCAUCAGUAUCUCGGUGCCACCCUUUUUCUGGAGGCAAGUGAAAGCUCAUGAAGAAAUUGCCAAGUGUGCUGUAAACACAGAUCAAAUUUCCUACACGAUUUAUUCUACUUGUGGAGCUUUCUACAUCCCAACCGUGCUCCUCCUGAUAUUGUAUGGCAGAAUUUAUGUAGCAGCUCGAUCCAGGAUUCUGAAGCCACCCUCAUUGUAUGGGAAACGUUUUACUACUGCACACCUGAUUACUGGUUCUGCAGGCUCUUCCCUCUGCUCCAUUAAUGCUAGCCUCCAUGAAGGGCAUUCCCAUUCAGGUAGAUCCCCAAUAUUUAUCGGUCAUGUUAAAAUAAAACUUGCAGAUAGUGCGCUGGAAAGGAAAAGAAUUUCUGCUGCAAGAGAAAGGAAAGCUACCAAAACUUUAGGCAUUAUUCUGGGAGCUUUCAUUUUCUGCUGGCUGCCUUUUUUUGUCACAUCCCUAGUCCUACCAAUCUGCCAAGAUGCCUGUUGGUUUCAUCCCAUCCUACUGGACUUUUUUACCUGGUUGGGUUACCUAAACUCAUUAAUCAAUCCAGUCAUUUAUACAGCUUUUAAUGAAGAAUUUAAACAGGCUUUCCAAAAACUAAUACUUUUCAAAAAGUGUUCCUCUUGAGACUCUCCUCUUGUGUAACCAACCUUUGUGCAAUCUCACAGCCUACCUGCAACUUUCCACGCUUUUAUUCCUAAGGAAGGGAGUGGUAAUUGCCAUCUCUGCUGCUACCCUGUUCUGUGCAUGUAACUGGGAAUUUCUUGCCAAUCUGAUACUUUCUGUCUGGGAUUGUACAUUGGCAUGAACUUGUCCAUGGUCUCUGCAGUGAUCGUGUCUGUAUAUAAGAUCAAUGACACAUAAAAUAAACUUUUCAACGAGGCAAGGUGUGUGAACAACCAGGGAGCUUGUCUUGUGUGAUGAGGUGACUCAUUAUCCAAUUCUUUCUAUCACACUUUCUAACCUGAUGGGAGAAAAUUGUGUGUAUUUACAAGACCUGAGUAUUUCUGCUGUAUAUUAUUAACCAUUUAUUUCGGCUGAGAGAGUUCUGGAGAGCAGGAUCUGAUACUUACAUUUUCUGUGGCACAUAUCUUACCCAUGUGAAGCUGAUAAAACCUGUAACUUUUUCAGAAGAUGUGUGACACAGCCUGACUAUAAACAGCAGCAGGACAGAGCAGCAUAGCACAGAUGUAAAUUAUUUGGAUAUUUCACAAAUGCUGCACUGGGAGCUGUGCUUUUGGUGAAGUCUAGAAAGGAGACAAUUUAUUUGAAUUAAUUAUUACACAUUUUGUCAUGAACAGCCACUGCAGAAAUGCUACAAAAUAAAUAGCAUGAAAAUGA